AUGCCGAUCCUUUUGGCGGCCGAGGCCGAAGCGGAGCAGCAGCGCUGGGCGGGUGCUGAGCUGCUGGUGUGUGCCGUGAUCCAGCUGCUACUAGUGAACGUAGCCUACCGCAUCGAUCGUAUGCGCGAGGCUCCGCUGUUGUCCACGUCUUCGUGGGCAAUUUUCUUUGGUCUGUUGAGCGGUGCAUUGCUCGCGCUUGUUUCGGAAGUGCGCGUGCAAGGCGCGGGGCUAGAUCCGCAGAUUCUGUUCCUUGGACUGCUUCCCCCGAUCAUCCUGGAGGCAGGCUUCAAUACUCAACGCAAAGGCUUUUUCAGCAACUUUUUUGCCAUCUUGUUGUUGGCAAUUGCUGGCACUUUAGUGGCUACUUUCGCCACGGGAGGAAUCCUCAUCUGGCUAGGCAACAUGGGGGUGAUCACUCAUCUCACCUCCGCCGAGGCAUUUCUCUACGGAUCGCUGAUCUCUGCUAUCGACCCGGUGGCGACGCUGCUUGUGUUCAAGAAGUGCAAAGCUCCCUCUCUGCUGUUCAAUUUGGUGUUCGGAGAGAGUGUACUAAACGACGCAGUGGCUAUCGUCAUCUUUACGCUCUUCCAGCGGUUCGUGGAGAGCGGUAACACCGACGUCAAUGCCCAAGUAGCCAUGUUCAUGGUGUUCAGACUGCUGAGUAUCGGUGUGGGCUCUGUGGCUUUGUCUGGAGCCAUCUGCUACUCGUCUGCUUACUUUUUACGUCACUCAGACCCUGCACUGCGUCAGCACCCCAUCUACGAGAUGUCCAUCAUUCUGCUCAGUUGCUACGCGAGUUACUUGGCGGCCGAUUUGUUCGAGCUCAGCGGACUGCUUGCGGUGUUCUUCAGUGGCGUGUUCAUCCGACACUACCACAUGUACAACAUCUCCAAGGCCAGUGCGUUCGCGUUCAAGCAAUUACUGUCCACAAUGGCGUUUCUGGCCGAGAACUUCAUCUACCUGUAUCUUGGACUCAGCGUGUUCGCGUAUCGAGACUCCUUCGUCUGGGACUGGAAGUUUAUCUUUGCCAAUUUCGGGGCGUGUUUGCUGGCUCGAGCGCUCAACACCUUUCCACUGUGCUCUCUCGCAAACCUUGGGCGCUCAGAGCAGCAAAAAAUCCCCUUCACGUACCAAAUUGUCAUCUGGUUCUCUGGUCUGCGUGGUGCUAUUGCUUUCGCAUUGGUGCUGAAUGUAUCGACGGGUAACCCCAUCCACGCGGCGAUUCUCAAGAGCUCCACACUGUUCCUGGUGUUGUUCACGACUGUGUUCUUCGGUGCGGCGACAGGUCCUCUACUGCGUGUGCUUGGACUGGCGGGAGACCCUCAGCCUGAGCGAGAUAUCGUUAACUGCGAAGACAGUUACACGGGUAAAGCUGACGAGCAACAACCGCUACUACGACAGUCUCUGUCUCCUCUUGGGUCCCGCAGCGUGCACGGUCGUUGGGUGGAUCUGGACGAAAAGUACCUUAAGCCGAUCUUUGGUGGCAACCCACGUCUCCAGAGCGACACCAAUCUGGCCAGAUAUGUAGAGAUUGAAACGGAGACUCAGAUUCCUAGUGCAUGA